GCUAACAAAUGCCAGACUGUCUAAUUACUAAAUACAUAGUUUGGGUAAUCCAGUGCAGCAAUAAGCCGCUGUACUAGUUCCGGAACUCUCAUUCUCAGACUAGACAGCAGAAGCAUCACUAAGUACUGAGCUUGUGGGUCCCACAGCCUCCUAAGGAGAUCCCUGUAUAUCGAUCAAGAGUCUAGACACCAAAAUGACUGAACGCUUUGACUGUCACUACUGCAAGGAGUCCUUGUUUGGCAAGAAGUACAUCCUGCGAGAAGAGAGUCCCUACUGCGUGAAGUGUUAUGAAAGUCUUUACUCCAACACCUGUGAGGAAUGCAAAAAACCAAUUGGCUGUGAUUGCAAGGAUCUGUCCUACAAGGACCGGCACUGGCAUGAAACCUGUUUCCACUGCUUCCAGUGCAAGAACUCAUUGGUGGACAAACCUUUUGCUGCCAAAGAGGAGCAUCUACUUUGUACCGAGUGCUACUCCAAUGAAUACUCUUCCAAAUGCAAUGAGUGUAAGAAGACUAUCAUGCCAGGUACCCGCAAGAUGGAAUAUAAGGGCAACAGCUGGCAUGAGACCUGCUUCAUCUGCCAUCGUUGCCAGCAGCCAAUUGGAACGAAGAGCUUCAUCCCCAAAGACAAUCAAAACUUUUGUGUCCCCUGCUAUGAAAAGCAGUUUGCCAUGCAGUGUGUCCAGUGUAAGAAGGCUAUCACUACAGGAGGGGUAACUUACCGGGAGCAGCCCUGGCACAAGGAGUGCUUUGUUUGUACUGGAUGCAAGAAGCAGUUGUCUGGACAGCGCUUUACCUCCCGGGACGAGUUUGCAUAUUGCCUGAGCUGUUUCUGCAAUCUGUAUGCCAAAAAGUGUGCUGGAUGCACCAACCCCAUCAGUGGGAACAUGUAGCUACAUCCUAAGACAACUAUGCAUAUAGUAGGAUAUACAUACACCAUUUGGUAUUCAGCCUGCUUUUAUUUCUGAGACACUACUGUGUCCACCAACAGUAACUUCCUUCCCAAUAGAAACUACAUUUAAUUAUGUUUCAUUUUUGACUGCAUGGAGGUUUUCCUGGGUUUUCAGGAUAGGUGCCUAGAAAUCACACCGCUUUGAUGCACAGCCUUUCAGUAUGAAAAUAUUAGAGAGAACAAUUAUACAGUGUUUUAUCAACAUUGGCUAAGCAUAAAGAUAACCCUAUGGGGGUGGCCAAUGCUUUAGACAUACUAGAUACACAGUCCAAGACUAAGGUUCCAAACUACAGCACGGAGCAAGUCUCUCAUGUGACACUUGGAUUGCUCUGCCCCCAGCCAUUAUUUCACUCUUUGCCUGUCUGCUCACACCUCUCUUGCCGUUACCAAUCAUCUGUUUUAGAUGGCACACUUAGCACUUCUUUGCCAUCAUGGAAACUGCAGCAUAAACAUAGGCAGGAAAUGCUGAAUUUCCCCCUUUGAGUUUUUUUAUACUAACUGCCCUUCCCUCCCAACUAUGCAAAAUACUCCUGAAAGAAUCAUCUCUCACCUGUCACUUCAACAAUGUUCCACACAUCCUUUCAGUCUCCUCGGUCACUGUGAUUGCACUGUGCCCUCGGCAUCAGUUCAAACAGCUUCUCCUUGCUUUCAAGGUCAUGAAACGCAUAGGUCAUAUCAAAGCCUGGCCCCUUGUCCCCUGCACAGUCCCCCAACUACUACUUCCCCAGUGAGGUCAUCCUCAAUGGGCUCCCUCACCUCUUUCUCUCAAAUAUUUUUGCAUUUUCUUCCCCUCUUUCUUGGCACAUGCUCCUCAAAACUGUCAAACCAUUAUCUUCAUUCUAUUGAGUUCACUCAAUUUUAGUUCGGCACCUUCAGCAAUACAAGUUAACAAGUUUACAUAACAAAAUGUAAACCCCUAACUUUUCAAGACAAGUAUGCCUAUACUGAAUAAUAAUGUUAUCUUUAUGUAGCUCAUAACCUUCCUGUCUGUUCUGAUUCCCUGGUAUAUGUUAUAUCUCAUUUCUCUGUCAAAUCCAUCAGUUAAAAUCCAGUUCCUAUGUCCAUUGAGUAUCAUGAAGAUUAAGGGCUGGUUUAUGCUAGAAAAUGUACAUCAAAUCUGGUAUAUCACUCAGGGGUGUGAAAAAUCCACACCUCUGAGUGACACAGUUAAGGUAGCCUAAAUCCCCCUGUAGAACACACUAGGUUGAUGGAAGGCUCUGGCCUCUUUGAGAGCUGAAUUACCUAUGCCGAAGGGAGAACCUCUCCCAAUGGCAAAGGAAAUAUCUACAUGGAAGCUCCACAGCAGUGCAGCUGUAGCAUUUAAAGUGAAGAUAAAGUGAGAGCCCUACUCACCAUGGCUGCGUCUACACUGGCAUGAUUUAACACAAAUACUUUUAACGGAAGAGUUUUUCCA